AAAUGCUGAUCUAGCAGUGGCCGGAAUGGUUUCGUCAAUUUUUUUGCUUAUUAUCGCUUGUCUCUCGACAAUUACAGUUAGUUCGCCAAUAGUAGAUGAGGAAGAUUAUUCCAAUCUCGGUUCGUUGUGUCCUGAAAGAAAUAUAGGUUCCAAAACCAGAGCACAGAAGCAGUACUUCGUUCAUAACCACAAAGAGGUCACAUUUUUUGAAGCAUGGAGACUCUGUCAGGCUGUAGGCCAUCAACUGGCAAUGAUCACAUCCGAGGAGGACAGCGCUCUGAUAGAACAGGCGAUAGCAAAAUCUAGCAACACGAAAGGUCCUUGGUUCAUAGCUGGAACUGAUUUGGGCAAUGAGGGACAGUUCGUUUGGAUUCCCACCGGCAUGCCCGUUGGUUUUCUCACCGGAUUCUUGAACUACUCCUCAGGUCAACCGGACAAUUUUCAGGGCAACGAACAUUGCCUCGAAAUCGGUCGUUGGGGAGGAGUGGCCUGGAACGAUAUCCCGUGCGAUUUGAAACAACGUUAUAUUUGUGAAUAUGUUAGUUGAAUUUACUUUUCAAACGAUUAGAAAAAAAGUUUUAGUCUAUUGCAAUCAAAAUUUCUGUGAAAUAAUUUUCCAGAUAGGUCAGAUACUCAAUUACAAAAUAUCGUUCACCGUUUGUUGGUCAAAUUUUAUGAAUAAUAGAUCUAGAAUUUGAUUUUUUUACAACCAGCUGUAGCAAUUCCCAUUGCCAUUAUCUGAUUUAAAUAAAUUUCUCCUAACACGGAGAGCAGCUA